AUGUCAGAAGCGCUGCGUUAUCCCGAAUUAGUGGAUAUCUCCACGGCUACUUCCACACAGGGCAAUGUAACUGUCGUCGGGGUAGUGGUCGAUGUCAUGGGAGCUCCAUUGAAGUCCAGAAGCUCAUCUAGUUUCAUAACCUUUACCCUCAAAGAUUCGGAUCUAGAUAACGGCCAUACGUGGGAUGGGCUGAAAAUCAAGUACUUUCGAGAAAAUGAAAGUCAAUUACCCCCUGUGCAGGUUGGCGACGUGCUUCUCCUACGAAACCUUUGGGUAAGAGCGUACUCUAGCAAGCCACUGGGCGUGGCUGCCCAAGAUAAGACGAUCCCAUGGGCACUGUUUCGUCACGAGUCAGACCCAAUGUCCAUUGCAAAGCCCAUGUGUGGCCCGAUACCGUUUGAGCCAUCAUUUACGGAAAAGAGACUUGCGAUGUCCUUACUAGAACAUAGUACAAAGAUCAAGGGGUUUCGGAUCUCUUCCACGAAGCCCGUGGCCCCCCAAUUCCAUUCGGGUACAACUGCACCGAAGUCCAAAUAUUCUGCCCCUGGUUGCUUCACACUGAUCAAAGAUGCAAAAUAUAAUGCAAAUUAUAAAACAUAUGUCGACCUUAUCGGGGAGGUUAUCAAGAUUUACCCCCCUCGCGGCGACCACGUCCUGAUGUACAUCACCGACUACACGAUGAAUAGGAACCUACCCGACCAUGACAGCGAUGAUGAAAAGGGCCAAGAAGGCGACUAUUUCAACUAUCAACGCAACAACCGAAGAAGAUGGACCGGUCCAUCCGGUCAGUUGUCUCUCGCAGUAACAGUUUGGAGUCCGUAUGAUUCCUAUGUUCGAGAAAAUGUUAACGAGGGGGAUAUUGUCUAUCUAAGCAACGUUGAGAUUGCACGGUGUAAAUUCGGCACGACCAUGGAGGCUAUCAUCCGUACGGGCAACAAAUACAAUAUCGAAAAGGGCAAAGUCCGCCUAAUAACCGCCAAAAAUGAUGCACGAGCCCAGGAGCUUCUACUUCGAAAGGAGGAAUAUUGGCGCAGAAACCCGUCAAAACGAAAACUUGCACAAGAUGACGAGCCGCCAUCGCGCUUGAAACGGCUCAAGAAAAACCAGAAACAGAAGGCCGAGGCAAAGAAGGAUGAAAGUCAAACUUCGAUCGAUCUCAGGGCCCGAAACGCCCCCAAUCCGAAUAUCACUGCUGCAUAUAGCAGCUGCAGUGACCUCCCAAUCGAGGAUAUUCUUACCAACGAAUCACACAACAAUGUCUCGCCUGAUGGCGUUAAAUAUCGCUUCCCGUUCCAGAAUCUCUGUUACCGGUCUAUGGUUCGCGUCGUCGACUUUUUCCCUCAUAAACUAGAGGAUUUUGCUGUACCAGAAAGACAAGACGACGAACCGCUUGCUCGAUUUGAACUUGAAUGUGCAACUGGUGAACAAUUCAACAGGUGGGAAUGGCGCUUUUGUCUUCUCAUCGAAAGUUCCUCCGCGCCACCCCCCGGGCAGGCCAGAGAGCAGAUGAAACUUUUUGUGUCUGAUGUGGAAGCAGUGCACCUAACAGGUCUUGACGCAAGCGAGUAA